AUGGAAACUGCACCACAUGAACCCACGCUAGAAAUUAGGGACGAUGUGCUUGCGCAGCUUUACAUUGUUAGGGACAGAUUCGAAGAUGGAAUUGAAGGAAGUGCUAAAUUGCAACACAAUGAUGGCCGAAGUUACGAUGUCCAUUUAUUUGGAAAUAAGGCAAUUCGAAUAGUCCGCGCAACGGAUGGAGAUCAUUGUGUGUACAUGAGUUUAGAAUAUCACCCAACUGAAAGUGAAAAUCAAAGUGGUCUGUGUACGAUUUCAUCCGAGACUCGACACCAUUGGUUGCUCAUGCUCCCAAAUACAGGUGCUGUACGAGCCAAGGUGUUAUCAGAACAAAAAAUGUCAAGAGCAGCAAUUGACGCUGUUCUUGAGCGUAUCACUAUCAUAAGGGAUUGUGCUCAUUGA